GCCGUGCCGGGCAGCAUGGAGGACGGAGAGGCCGCGGCGGCGGCGGCGGCGGGGGCGGCGGGGGACGGGCCGGCGCCCGUGUUCACCCUCGAGGAGGUGGCGAAGCGGAACUCCAGCCGUGAGGCCUGGCUGGUGAUCCACGGGCGCGUCUACGAUGUCACCCGGUUCCUGGAGGAGCACCCAGGUGGAGAAGAGGUGUUGCUUGAGCAAGCUGGCAGAGAUGCCACUGAGAGCUUUGAAGAUGUGGGGCAUUCCACAGAUGCCAGGGAAAUGCUGAAGCAGUACUACAUCGGAGAGGUCCACCCGAACGAUCGUGAAAACGAAGGUUCUAAGGAUCCAAGUAGGACAUCCUCAGGCCAAACAAGUUUGUUGUUUCUUUUUUUCUCCCUGUAGUUUCUGGUCGACAUGGCUGAUCCCCAUCUUUGGAGCACUGGUCUUAGGUUUAAUGUAUCGCUAUUACAUGGUGGAUGGGAAAAGCUCCUGAGCUGGCCUUGCUGGGGCCUCAGACAGCCUGAAAAGAGGGAGAGAGAUUGUGUGUGUGCAACACGUGGAGUUCUGCUGCCCUUAGCCUUCCUGCCUUGCUUUUAGCUCUGAGUCUGUCAAGUGAUGUUGAUAUCCAUGGGACCAAACUACUUCCAAACUCUAUCCUAACUCUGGGACCCACAGAUCUGUUGUACUUCCCUCUUGGAGUGGCAGGGAAAGAAGAACUUCCAGAAUUCCCUGACAUUGGUGUGGUGUCCCUUGUGCUCUCUCUCUCUCGCUCUCUCUCGCUCUCUGACAUAACCCCCAGACAACCUUUUCUCUCAAUGCCUUUGCGUUAAGCCAGACACCAUGAAAGAGCUGCCCUGGGCCUGUGGCUUUGCCUCAGCCCUUCACAUAGUCGGGAAUCAUCUGCCAGUUGUCUCCAGCCCUUGCCAAAAAAGAUGUCCAGAGCUUUGGUUCUGUAAGAACAUUCCCAGAGCUUGCAGGCAACACUAAUUGGAGCAGCAGGGAAUUGUUAGUUUGGCCACUUCUUUCUGUACCUGUUUUUAACGGUUAAACAAAUACAUGGAUUUUAAAAGUGGUUCUGUUCAUUUUGUAGUAUUUGUACUUGUCCCUUUGGAUUGUAUAUCCUGUGAACUUAUAUUGAAUCCUGGUUGGUUGGGGUGUUUCGUGCUGUGCGUGGCAGAGCCAGUGGGAGCUGGCAUGUGGCUUCUGGAAAUGCAGAUUCUUCUUUCUCCCUGAGGUCAUGGUCUGACACAUGUAUGGGAAACUAAACUCAUUCUUAUGUACUGUGAAUGUGCACCAGAUGGGGGAAACAAUUAAAUCUGGUCUCUUCUCCCAAAAUGAAAAGGGAAAAUAACUGCAUUUGGGAUUUGUGGAUAAUACUGGUUUUGUUUGGGAAUAGAGUAUUUCCCUCUUGCCUGUUUUUAUGUGUUGUGCAGUCGGCCUUGAAGUGCAGACAGUGCAGAGUUUGCUUCCUGUGCUGAGGCAGGAACCUUCCCAGCUCUUCCAGCACACUGCUCUGGGGCUUUGGGAUCUGCUAAAUCAAGGGAAGUGGUGUCCUGGUGCCUGCUGCCCUUCGGCAGGGCUGUGCCACCGACACUGGCUCCCAAUCCAAACCUCCAGAACAGCUGAUCAUCCCCUGGGAUUGCGGCAAAAAGGGCAGUGAUACCCCGGGGUCCUGCUAUGAAAACAUCCCGUGGGUUGUGGGGAUUCUUCUUUUUUCCACAAAACUACAACCAGAAGGUUGUGUAGAAAUUCUUGGAUGUGGAAUUACACUCUGCUUUUUAAAACUGAAGGCCAGGGAACUUGGUCUAAGAGCACUGCCAGGGCUGCCUUCACAUUUAACACGAAAUUGUGAACCAUGAAGUCAGUUUGGGGUAGUUUAGAGUGGAUUCCAUAUUAGGGAAAGGUUUUGAAGCUGGAAGGCACAUGUUGGCAACAGUAUCGCCCUGCUGAGUUGGGAUUGUUCAGGGCAGUGCAAGAUUCCACAAAGAUCAGCUGGUUUGGAUCCAGGAGCUCCAGGCUUGCCUGAGGAACAGGGCAGGUGUGAUGCUGGAAACACACCUGUUUUCUCCACAGGCAGUACCUUUACCUGGAUUUUGACUUCUUUUUUUUUAAUACCAUUUUCCUGGCACUCUGUACAUUCAGUUGCAUUUUGGUUGCUCUAAAUAACUUCUUACCAUCAUUGACCCUUGCUAUCAGCUCUUGACCCUCUGCUGUUGGGGAAGUUGCCUGUUGAUUCCCAUAUGUUAUGGAACCUUUCUUUUCUCUUAAUGGAUUAAUUGCCAUGGGGAGACUCUCAGUCUUUUUCCAAGGCUUCUUGGAGCUGGUAAGAUCCUUGUCCAGUGCCUUGUGGAACCCCAAGCAGCCUCUGUCUGCACAGCUCCUCAAAGACCUCCAGGUGCUUGAGAGGCAUUUGCAGAAGCCACAUGGAAGUCUCCUCUCUUCUCCAUCAAUGACAAGGGCAGAAUGGGAUGGAGGCAGGUUGGAGUGAGCCCAGUGCUUCCCUCUGGUGUGGUGGUGAAGCCGCCUCUCCUUCUGUUCUGGUUCGAGGAUGGGUCCCACAGGUGUGAAACCGCUCAGGCAGCAAAGGAGGCAUUAACAAAGCUUGUUUCCUCGUUUUGUGUAAGGAUUAAAACAGGCAAUUGCCAAGCUCUGUCCCCAUGCUGAACCCGCACAGCCCUUAUUUGCUGCCAGGGCCCCUCACAGCCCGCGUCUGCCACCAGGUCCCUGCACAAUGCCGGGACAAAGCUGUCUCAGCUUUCACCCCACAGAUACCUCUGUGGGUGGAAUUCAAUCUGGGCUGUGCUCCGCUUCCUUCAGGUGCUGCGGAGGAGAGGUUGAGUGAGGAGCUGGAAAUACGAGCACGGAGGCAGCUCCUGUGGUUAAUGUGAGCGUGGUAGGGCUGCCUAGGAGCACAGUGCUGGCCUUUUCUGCCUCUCCAUCACCCCAAGUUCCUUGAUGACGCAGAAUGUAGCUGUUAAUUGGGCUGAUUUUCCUGUGGAGGAGGGGUGGGAAGUCUUUGGGUGUUUCUGGGGGGAGUUGGUGCAUGUUCCUUGGUGCAAGCACCCACAAAAUGCCAUUUCUUGUACCUGGAGAUUGUCUGCCUGGCAGGAGGUGCCAGGCUGUGUUGUUUGCUGUGUUCAAUAAAGAUGUACAACAAA